CCUCGAUAUCGUCCUCUUGAAAAAUACUCGGAUCCAAGAUGAGUGACGGAACAGCAACAAUCCGAACCAGAAAGUUCCUCACCAACCGACUGCUUUCUAGGAAGCAAAUGGUUGUGGAUAUACUUCAUCCUAACCGUGCAAGUGUAUCCAAGUCUGAGAUCAGAGAAAAGCUAUCAAAAAUGUAUAAAACCACCCCUGAUGUUGUUGUUGCAUUUGGGUUUAAGACAGCUUUUGGAGGAGGCAGAAGUACUGGAUUUGCUUUGAUAUAUGACAGUCUUGAUGCUGUUAAGAAAUUUGAACCAAAAUACAGACUUGCCAGACUUGGUCUAUAUGAAGGCAGCAGACCUGCCAGAAAACAGAGAAAGGAGAAGAAGAACAGAAUGAAGAAAGUCAGAGGAACUAAGAAAGCUAAAGUUGGUGCAGGCAAAAAA